AUGGAUAAAUGUGUCCGCCGAGAAGUCGCGGUUUUCCUCCAGCGCAACCCCAGCUUCGACAAAGGGUCUCGCUACCCAGGCCACUCGCUGCGUGCUCGAGACGCGAAGCUCGUCUAUGGAUUUUUUGUAGCGUGCGCAUCUCCUCAAGCCAGCACCAUGGACUGCGGCGCAACGGCCGAGGCCCCGUCCCUCCCCUGGCGGACCUGGUCUAACACAACAAUGUGGGGAGUGGCCGGUCUGUGUCGCGCAUUUCUCUCGACUCUAUGCCAUGCGGAGGUCCACGGUUACGACGAAUUCACUGCCCUGCUGGACUCACGGAAGGACCCGGCGCAAAGAUCGAGGGGUUUGAUUACCGUAUCGAAUCAUAUCAGUGUAAUGGAUGACCCAUUGAUCUGGGGAUUACUUCCUAUGCGUUUCUGGAACAAGCGGUGGUCAUUCGGUAGCCAUGAUAUCUGCUUCCAAACUAGACCUCUGUCAUUCUUCUUCACCAUGGGCCAAGUUUUGCCUACCCACCGUCUUGCCCAUUCUUCCUUCGGAGGACUGGGCCAACCCGCCAUCACCGAAGCUGUUCGACUGCUUUCCAAGGGCCCCUUCGCUGUUGACCACCACCGUGCCACCCCCGAACGUCAGUGUUUUAGUCUCCAGAAUGUCUGCAUCGACCCUUUUUCAGACCUUUCAAUCGCGUACACCACCAAUGGUGAGGAUGCUCAUCUGGCACCCUCUGCAUACUCCCGAAACUCCCAUUCAUGGGUUCACAUCUUCCCCGAGGGAAAGAUCCACCAGGCGCCUCGCAAGACAAUGAGAUACUUCAAGUGGGGUGUUGCACGACUGAUCCUCGAAGCGAACGAAUGCCCGGACGUUGUUCCGAUGUGGAUCCAGGGAUUUGACGAUAUCAUGCACGAAAGCCGCGAGUUCCCCCGAUUUCUCCCUCGGCCCGGAAAGGAUGUCAGUGUGACCUUCGGGUCGAAGGUCGACACCGACGAGAUAUUCGGGGAAAUGCGAUCACGUUGGCAGAAGCUGAGGGCUAAGAUCGAGAAGAGAGACCCGCAAUCUCGAGAUCUCCCCGCUGGAGUUUUGAGCGAUGAACUGCUUCAUAACAAAGAAGCAGUUGAACUGCGCAAAGAAGUCACCAUGAAGAUUCGAAACCUUGUCCUUGAUGUACGACGCACACGCGGUCUCCCAGACGAAGACCCUAAGGAGGGACUCGUCGAGACAUGGCUCGAAGAGGGACCUAAGCGUGAAGGCCACAUGAAGGACGACUCCUGGGUCCGAGACAUCUGA